UAAAAAGAAAAAUAACCCCUCAGAACCAAUCUUCCCCUUUCUCCUUCUUAAAUAUAUUUAUGGAUUAAUUCAUUGCAUCUUCCAUUUUAAUGUUGCCACCCUCUUCUCCAUUGAGAAGGUAUUAUAUAACUCUGUCCUAAUGAUGACAACGGAAUUUGGAAUCCUACGAAUCAGAGCAGUCAUCAAGUCGCAGGCUAGAAUGCUUUAGUUGAACCAGAACCAUGCUUGCUACUCGUGGUGCCCAUCGAUUCACCAAAAAGCUUCAGCCUUUUCUGGGUUUUCCUGUCAAGAGCUGUUCUUGGUUUAGCAGAACUACCAUUAACCAUGUACAUUCCUUUACACAAUCCAAACAGAGGAGACCUGUACGACAAGUUAAUCGACUGGCGAGCAAGUCUACCAAAUCUGUUCAGAAGCAAGACGAAGAUCUCCCUAAAGUUUUUAUGAGGGAUACAAUUACAAAAAUAUCGCAUAUACUGAGAUUUUCAACUUGGGAUUCUGCUCAGGAGCAGUUGAUGAAACUUUCCAUAAAAUGGGAUUCCUACACUGUCAAUCAAGUUCUCAAGACCCAUCCUCCUAUGGAAAAAGCCUGGUUGUUUUUCAGUUGGGCCUCUAAAUUAAAAGGCUUUAAGCAUGACCAGUAUACCUACACGACUAUGUUGGAUAUUUUUGGGGAAGCUGGGAGGAUUUUAUCCAUGAACUAUAUAUUUAAGCAGAUGCAAGACAAAGGAAUCAAGAUAGAUGCAGUGACCUAUACAUCCCUUCUUCACUGGCUUUCCAACCAUGGGGACAUUGAUGAGUCGAUUAAAUUGUGGCAGGAAAUGAAAGAUGAAGGAUGUGUUCCUAAUGUUGUUUGCUACACUGCAUACAUGAAAUGUUUGUUUGAUCACAAUCGGUUUAAGGAAGGAGCCAAGAUAUACAAGGAGAUGCUUCAAUCUGGUUGUUCUCCCAACUGCCACACAUACACUGUCCUUAUGGAGCAUCUUGCUUGUUCUGGAAAAUUUGAUGGAGUUCUCGAGAUUUUCAGUAAAAUGCAAGAUGCAGGGGUCCAACCAGAUAAAGCUACAUGCAACAUUUUAGUGGAAAAAUGCUGCAAUGCUGGGGAAAUACAAGCAAUGAUGAAAAUUCUUCACUACAUGAAGGAGAAGUUCCUUGUUCUGCGUUAUUCUGUCUAUCAAGAGGCUCUCCACACGUUGAAGAUGGCCGGGGUGAGUGAUCGGCUACUUAGGGAUGUUAACCAUCAUCUGUCCUUAGAAGAAUUCGACCAAGAUCAGAGUGACGAAUCAUAUAGGAAUGCUGGAAGUAGUCGCUUUACUUUGGAUGAUAGGAUGAUUUUGUACUUGUUGAAUAAGCAAAGUCUUCUUGCUGUUGAUUACCUGCUAUAUAGCUUGAUGGAUAAGCGUCUCAAAUUGGAUCCUGGAAUAGUCUCAACCGUAGUUGAGGUAAACUGUAAGCAUGGUAGAUUAAAUGGUGCUUUUUUGGCCUUCGAAGUCAGUGUGAAAUUAGGCAUAACCAUUGAAAGAAUUACAUAUCUCACCAUGGUGGGCGAACUUAUUAGAACAAAUUCUUUUUCAAGGGUGGUGGACAUUGUUGAAGCAAUGGUUGGGGCAGGACUAUCAUUAGGGUCAGAACUAACUGCUCUUCUGAUACAUCGGCUUGGCUGUGCUAGAGAGCUUACUUCUGCUGAAAAGUUAUUUAGCAUCAUACCUGAUCAGCAGAAGAGUAUUGCUGUAUUUACUGCCUUAAUAAAUACCUACUUCACUUGUGGGAAUUCUGAUAAAGGGCUUGAAAUAUUUGAGACCAUGAGAAAGCAAAGGAUAAAUGUUGCAUUAAGUACUUACUGCGUCCUAUUGAAUGGUCUUGAAAGAAAUGGCUUUUUUGAUAAAUUGCAAUCUUAUAGGAAAGAAAAGAAGAGACUUAAAUCUGAAAGCUGCAGUAGAGAAAUGUCAAUGGAGGAAACAGUUUGUGAUAUUCUUUUUGCUGGAAACUUAGAUGGUUGAGAGGCUAGAUAUGGGUCUCUGGAUUGGAGUAUUUGGUAUACAAAUUAGCCGUUGGUUCAUAGCUUGAGUUGUACUAGAUGUACAGAAGGUAGCAAACGCAGAAGUAGGUUGUGCUGUCCAUCUUGUGUCCGAAUUUACAGAAGUGAAGGUAUGCUCAAGAGAGCAUGCAGGAGACAUAUCGCUUAUAGAAUCCCACAUGCUGAAAUAAAAUUGGGGAUGGAUAAUCUCUUAUGGAUCAACUUAAAAUGUUCUCUCUUCUUUGACAAGUUCAGCUUAUCUUUAGAAGCUGGAGCAGCCGGAAUGAUUGUCAAAUGGGGCUUGGCAGCUUGAUUAUUCUCCCGUAACAUUAUGGCCAAAGAGGCACUUGAAAUGGCAUCAGAAGCAUAUACUCUGUCUCAAUCAUAGCUGCAGAAUGAAUGGCAUAUAGUUACCUAUAAUUUUUGGCAAGGACGUUUAACCUGAGACCAACAUGGUGAUCAAGGCUUAUGCAAUAUCACCAACUCCGGAAGAAAGGAUGCCAGCUGGAUUACUCAGUUCUAGCAAGAAAGCCAUGUGAGAGAUGAUUCUCACUCUUGAUAUACAUUCAAAUGGCUGAAGUAAAGUUCUGAGAUGCAUCUGUGAUAUCAGAGUAGCGCUUCCUGGCGGGUGAGCAUGGUGAAAGCCAACAAAAACAGUGAUACUACAAUGGAAUCCAAAGAUCUUAAAUAGUUGUUGGAAGGACUAACUAGAGCUUUGGUGACCAAAAUAGCAGAAAAGUGAUAGCAAAUGCUCGAACAGAUGUCGGCUACACAUUUUCAAAUGCUUAUGAGAUUAAAAGAAUCAGCUGAUGCUCUCCAAACAUAGGUAAUCCUUCGCUUGAAGUAGAAGACGAACCUGGUCGUUCUUCUGGCUGUAAAUGAUCUGAUAGUCCAACCCUGUUUCUUAUAUGUUUACUAGACUCUCUCGAAUGGGGUUUCCACCGUUUAAUGACCAGGAUCUCAAGUCAUGGUCAUACAAAGUAGAACAAUUUUUUUCCUAUUGAUGAUACUUCGUAUCACCAGCGAGUUCAUGUCGUUUCGGUUUGAUGAUGAAGCAAUUCAAGGGUACCAAAGCUUUUGUCAGAAAUGGAUCACAGAUUACUCCUAUCAAUUAGGAAGAAUAUGUGCUGGCCUUAAAUGAACGCUUCGGAGGGGUUUUUGAAGAUCCUAUGGCAGAAAUAAAACACUCGGGGCAGGAGGAGGCGGGAAACAGUACUAGGCUUGAUUUAAUCGGAUUAUGACCUUGGUUACACUACCAUUACCAUACGCUAUUAGCAGCUUCGUUGCAGGACUUAAACUAGAAAUUGCAUAUUUUUUUCGUAUCAUGAAUCGUACACUUCGACAGACCUAUCCAUAUGCGAGAUUGCAAGAAGCAACCUUUUCUGCUCGAAGCAUGACCCAUCAAAGGUUGUACCAGUUCAGUUGCAGUGUCGACCCUCAAGAAAGCUCAUGCUGAGGUGAAUUCUAAGGCAUUAUCUCUUCCAAAUAUUGCUACCAACAGUAAAGGGAGGAGAUUGUAUCUCGAGGAAAUGAAUGAAUGACGACUAAAAGGCUUAUGCGACUUUCGUGAUGAAAAGUUUGUGCCCAGACACAAGUGUAAAACACCAAAAUAUGCUUUAUAGUUGAACUGGAGAAAGCAGUCUCAAGUGAUGUUGGGUGUUCAAUGGUUGCUGAUGUUAGGUGAUAUCAAAAUGAUUUUUGAAAAGUUGACUAUGGAAUUCUUUUACCAUGGCAAAAGGCAUG